AUGGAGAACCCGUGGUUUGAUCUGUACCGACACCCCAAGACGCAGUUCAAUGUGCCUCGCAAAGGGCGGAACGGAUUUCGAAAACGGUAUGAUGUGUACAGUUUAGGAGUCGUGCUGUUCGAGAUUGCGGUGUGGAAACCAAUUCACGUUGUGUUGGGACUGGAUCGGAAGGAACGGCCCCGUAGUACGGCAGUCAACGGCGUCCAGAGCGAGCUCCUUUCUCACUGUGGCCUGUCAAUGCUGGAAUCGGAAGCAGGCGACGCGUUUGCGGGCACUGUCAAGUUUUAUCUAACAGCGGACGAGGACGAGGACGAGACGUUGCAGCUCGAGUUUUGGGACAAGGUGACCAUGGCCUUUGACGGAAUGAGGGUGUAG